AAUCUGGCCGCGACGUCGCGGAGACAGAAAUUAUUCGCAUCGACAUACCUCGCCGUGACGUUGUUCCUCGCGCGCGCACUUUGUCCCCCACGUUUCGUCCUCCUUCACGUCCGUCGUCCCACGUCCGGCGUACGUCGGACGACUUCGUUGCCCUCAUGCCACGUGCACGUUCCCACCGAGCCAUUCUCGGCCGAAUUCUCCUGUAGAACCGAACAUCGCGAGACGCGAAUCUUGGUCCUUAGUUACCUCGUCCUCUCAAUGUCAUUCAACGUGUCGUCUCGCACCUCGCCGACGCUCUCGCCACGCGCAUUCAAUCUCGUUUCGUGCUCUCGUUAGCCCUCAUCUUGCAACCGAAAGUCUGGAAUAAUCUUCCAUUCGACUCUCAAGUUCACGCGCAGACCGAUUCACUUGGUCGAGGGGUUCAUAAAAAUUCGAGCAUUAAUAUGACAACCGAUCCGGAACGCGCCGCCAAUGCUAGCGGUACAGAAUCCGUUGAAGACGAAGACGAUAACCAUCGCAAAAUUUUACGUAGACCUGAUGUGUUAGCUGCUCUUCGAGAUGGUAUUACUGCAGCAGGAUUAGAGCAAAUGCAGUCUCUUCCUGCUCCUGUUAAACGCAGGAUCAAGGCAUUGAAACAAUUGCAACUCGUCACCACUAACAUUGAGGCUAAAUUUUACGAGGAGGUCCAUGCCUUGGAAUGUGAAUACUAUAAAAUGUGUGCGCCCUUAUAUGAGAAGCGAUGUGAGAUAGUAUCGGGUGCUUAUGAACCAACCGAUGAGCAAUGCGUUUGGGAUAGCGAUGAUGAUGAAGAAACGCUAAAUAAUUAUAUGAAAGAGAAGGCAAAGAUCGAGGAUUCUGUUGAAACAAAGGAAUCAACGGAGAAUGAGGAUGAUACUAAAGGCAUCCCCGAUUUCUGGCUAACAAUAUUUAAGAAUGUAAGUACGCUAUCUGAAAUGGUUCAGGAACAUGAUGAACCGAUCUUGAAGCAUCUACAUGAUAUCAAAGUAAAAUUUCUGCCAUCGAAUCCAAUGGGAUUUAUUCUCGAAUUCUAUUUUACGCCCAACGAAUAUUUUUCAAACACAAUACUCACUAAAGAAUAUAUCAUGAAAUGUACUCCAGAUAAGAAUGAUCCAUUCAGUUUCGAAGGACCGGAGAUAUAUAAAUGCAAAGGUUGCGUAAUUGAUUGGAAAAAAGGCAAGAAUGUUACAAUUAAAACUAUUAAGAAAAAUCAGAAGCAUAAAUCUCGAGGAUCCAUGCGUACUGUGACGAAAACUGUUCAAAACGAUUCCUUCUUUAAUUUCUUUAGUCCACCAAUUGUGCCAGAAGACUCGGAAGCUGAUAUGGAUGAUGAUACUCAAGCUUUACUAACCAGCGAUUUUGAAUUAGGCCAUUAUAUUAGAGAACGCAUAGUUCCUAGAGCUGUACUUUACUAUACAGGCGAAGGUUUAGAUGAUGAAGAUGAGGAUUAUGAGGAUGAGGAUGAAGGAGAUGAUGAUGAAGACGAGGAGGACGAGGAAGAGGAGGCAUCUUCUCCUGUUAAUGCGCCUUCAGGUGGGAAACAAGGCGAUGAUCCCAAUGAGUGUAAACAACAGUAGAAUUACAUUAAUUGUGCCGUAAUGAAAAACGAAAAAAAAAAAUCGUUCGUGCGUUACAGUAUGCAACAACACACUAACGACACCUCUGACCGAUAACUGCCUAGAUAAUCCUGCACCUUGUGGCUCCAAAUGUAAUCCCUGUUCUUCGUAUCAAUCAUCUAAUCAUAUCAUAUCUCCUAUUCCAGAUCAAGCAUAGAACUCUUCAACAUACCAGUGAUACAAAAAAAAACAUUUAACAAAAGAAAUUAUACGUACCAAUCUUCCCUAUAUCGCCGUUGAUGAUGAGUAGAAUGUGCGCCUCAUUAUACUUCUGCUAUAAGGUUUUAAUCAUAAGUAUAUAAUAAUUGCUCUCGCUCUCGACACUAAUUAUCAAUUUUUAAUUGCUUCAUUUUAUACUACUUGUUACGUUUUUAUAAUGCGCUGACAGAGAGGUUGUUUGAAUUCUUUUCCGAGAAACGCACGUUGCUCUAUGAAUAAAUUUUUGGGUACUGUUGAAGCAUUUUUAAUACAAAAGUGAAGAAAAAAAUA